AUGACCAUACAACUUCCUACUUCGGACGGGGAAGCAGACCCUGGGGCUACGUCACCCUCCAAGUUCAAUGCCCUUCAAACGUUCCGGCGACUAUGGGAACUUGUCAGUCCAGCUCGCCUCGAGGAUAUCUCUUACCGGGAGACCGAUUGCCAUCCUCCCAAGACCCCCGUUCGGAGACGCCGACAAUCCAUCGCGGAUCAGUCACUUGACAGAGACGAACACCUCGCCGAGAAGGUCACAAGUCACCAGAUCGAGGAUACUGUACCUCCCGAGAAGACCGUCCUGUACCUCGCCUAUGGCUCGAACUUGUGUGCGAAGACCUUCCUAGGCAAGCGAGGGAUCAGGCCUCUGUCUCAGAUCAAUGUCGUCGUUCCCAGCUUGCAACUGACCUUCGACAUGCCCGGGAUUCCGUACUUGGAGCCAUGUUUUGCAGCAACCCGGCGCCAUGCGCACCCAUCAAAGGAGACAGAGACAGGAGAAGUUGGAAACAACCAAAGCCCGGCGGACGCGGAUACGUUUGAGCAAUCCACCCUCCUAUCGGAAGACUCCACAUCUAUGCCUCUCGUCGGAGUUGUGUACGAAGUGACUAUCACCGAUUAUGCCAAAAUAAUAGCAACGGAGGGUGGCGGGGGCGGUUACAAGGACAUCGUCGUAGAUUGCUAUCCCUUUCCGAAACCCCACAGCCCGACCGACCCAAUACCCGAACAUCCUGAAACCAAGCCCUUCAAAGCUCACACUCUUCUGUCUCCGAAUGAGGACCCAGAUCCUUCUCACCUAACUGCAAAAGAUCACAAGCUCCCCUCUCCAUACAGACGUCCUAAAUCUUGCUACGCCCAGCCGUCCGCUCGCUACCUCGAUCUGAUCAAUACCGGUGCAGCCGAACAUAACCUCCCGCUUGCCUAUCGGAGGUACCUCUCCCAGUUCCAGCCGUACCGUAUCACAACUGUGCGUCAGACGAUCGGCAAAGCCAUAUUCGUUGCAUCAUGGAUACCCCCUCUCAUUAUUAUUCUGUCGCUCUCGAAACUGCUGGCCGGUCCCGAUGGUCGCAGUCCGCCAUGGCUCGUGUGGGGGUCGAAUCUAUUGUUCUAUAUAAUGUGGAGUACAUACGACCUUUUUUUCGCGCCCAUAUUCGGUGAUGGGGAACGAACUAUGGAAGAUACGCGCUCAUAG